UGAUAGCAUUUAGUAUCGUGUGAGGAAAAAAUGCUCUCCAGUGCGUCUUCUCCAACAACAUCGACUCCUGCAUACGGGAGAAAGCAACAGAAAGAGCAACAGGAGCAGCAGCAUCCGAAUCCAAGGGAUCAUUGAUGCCAAGAGUCGGAACAAGUGGAGACAAGUCGAUAGCCCCCGGCUGUGGGUAGUGAGUUCCUGAGCAGCGAGGAAGUGAAAUCCGUUGCCUUGGCGCCUCCGCGCUGCGCGAUGCAAGGGAACAGUAGCCGAUCCACAUUAAGCGCACAAUCCUCGGGCACACCGUCGGCGUCCACGAUAUCCUCGUCACAGGGAAAGCAACAAGUUGUCGAACUAUCCGGCUAUGUCAUCAUACUCGUCGAGAAUGUGGAAGGGAAAAUUAAACUAUAUGGCUCACCGCCCGAUCGCGAUAAUCUGGAAGUGGGCGAUGAGAUACUCGAGGUUAAUGGCCUUUCACUGGAGAACAUAUCGCGCACAGAGGUCAUACGCCACAUACACGAUUGCAUCAAAUCCUGUACGAUCUGUUUGCGGGUGCGUAAGAAGAAUGAUUCUCGAUUGGCCUGGGAUAUUGGGAACUCGGUGCAGGACGCGUUUGUCAUUGCCGUCGAGGAGCACGCCCGGGAGCGACUGCAGCGAUUGGCGGCUCUGAAUCGAGUGACGCCCGUGGACAUAACCCAACUGUCAAAGAAGCUGCAGCAAAGCGGCAAGAGCGGGACAUCGACAAGUCAGAAGCCGCAGGACCUCAGCUUCCUGAACGACUCAACGCCCAUCUAUGUGACGUCCUUCACCAGCAAUCAGAUCACCUGCUGCAGCUCCACCAUGACGACGGCCACGGCGGGUGGGCCCAUUUCCGCUCCGAUGCUGGCACCCACCACAGCGACCUGCACGAUGCCCACGCCCGCCGUCGAACAGCAGUCGGCCAGCCAGGGAGCCUCCGCGCUGGUGAGUGCCGCUGUGGCAGCGGCCACGGCCGCCGAUCGCAACGCCAACAGCACCACCGCCGCGGCCCUCAAGCAGCAGCGGCAGAAGCAGAGCAGCGGCAUAGCGGCAGGCAGCUCGACGAGCAGCGCCACCGGACAGAUCUACCAGGCGAGCCAGGCUCAGCAGCAGCAGCUGCAGCAGCUCCAGCAGCAACUGGCGGCUGCCGCCGCUGCGGGAAAGCCCCUCCAGGCCAAGUCCCUGCUCGCGAGCAGCCUCCAGCAUCUGGCCGAGGAGGUGGACAACGAGGAUCUCGACGACGACGACGACGAUGUGGACGGGGCCAACUAUUGCGGCAUCACCUACAUCUCGUACAACAACAAGCACGCCCAGCUACCCACGACGACGCUGCCGGCCAGCACAACGCUCCCGGCGGCGGCGGCCACGCUGGCCACCACGGCGGCGAUCCACCAGCAGCGGCACCAGCAGCAGACUCACGUCCAGACCCAUAACCGCCCAGCACCGCUGCAGCUGUGCGCCAGCGAUGUACAGUUCGUGGAUGCUGGCACCUCGACAUCGCCCCUGCUGGCCGCCACCAGCAUUGUGACGGCAGCGGAUAUCGCCCUGCCGCCCAGUGGCGGCCAUUUGCAUGGCACAACGACACCAAAGACCGAGUACUCGACGGCCAUCUCAAGCGGCCAGCUGCAGCAGGCCUUUGCCGAGUUGCAGUUGCAGCACUCCACGAAUAACAACACCUCACAGCUGCAGCAGCAGCAACAGCAGCAGCAGCAUUUACUUUUAAGCAACAACAAUAAUAGCAAUAAUUCCAUCGCAUCCAGCGGCAUGGCAACAGCAGCGGCCACAACGGCAUCCGUGAUGAAGAAUUGUGAUCUACUGAUAGCCAACAAUCUGUAUCCACCGAGACGAGAGUUACUAGAUGACGUCAUUGUUCAUCAAUCCAGCGAUGUCCAUGCAUUCAACACCAAUGUAGCGACAGCGACAGCCAACAGCAGCAACAAUCGAUCCCUGCAGCAGCAUCAGCAGCAUCAGCAGCAAUUGCUGAGUGCCGCCUACGAGCUGCAGCAGCAGCAACAACUCUUGCAACAGCAGCAGCAACUGCAACACAGUCCCACAAGUAGCAUAUCAAUAGGAAGAACAGAACUUUUAUUGGGCGAUCAAAGUCUGCGGCAGGACUCCAGCAGGAAUCGCCGGCGCUCCGGCUCGAGCAUUGUUGUCCUGGACGGUGAUGAUCUGAAGCCAUGCCUCCCGGAUGAUUAUAUAAGUGGACAGCAUCACCACUUGCAACAGCAACAUCCGCAGCAUCCACAGCAUCCGCAGCAUCCACAGCAGCAGCAGCAGCACCACUACCGCACGCAUUCGAGUGACAUCAGAGAGAUUGACCAGGAAAUGCUGACCAUGCUGUCCGUGAAUCAAGAUAACGGACCACAUCGUGAGAUGGCCGUCGAUUGUCCGGACACGUUCAUAGCGCGCAACAAGACGCCACCCAGAUAUCCGCCACCCCGUCCACCGCAGAAACAUAAAACCACCGUCAAGAAAACCAACACCAACACAAAGAACACCAACACCAACACCACAACCUCAACCACCUCCACCAUAUCGACAUUCCAUAAUGAUGAUCAUGCUAACAAAAUGUUAAUUGUUGCAUAUCAUUCUUCACAUCAACAUGAACAACAACUACAACAAAAACCACAACAACAACAACAAAAACAUGAACACCAUCAUCAACACACAACAACAACAAAAACAACAACAACAAUUGUUGCAACCAUCGAUGAUGAUGUUGCCACACAAAAUCUGUUCAAUCAAAAACAACAAAAUAAAUUGGAACAAAUUGAAAACUAUGAAAAUUGUCUACAAUUGGAACAACAACAACAACCACAGACAACAGUGGCGACAGCAGCAGCAGCAACAGCAGCAACAGCACCAGCAAACACAACCACAAAAGUGGCUGAACAGCAAACGCCAUGCAACAAUAAGUUACAACAACAGGCAACGAGCAACAGCAGCAACAGCAACAGUGGCAGCAACAACAUGGCAGAUGAUUACCUCUGUGUGGUGGAUGGCGGCCUCUAUCGCAGCCAGGGCUCUGGCUCACCCACGUCGACAGGCACCUUCGACGAGGUCCUGAGCAAGCAUACGCUGGACUCCUUCGGCAGCAUUGCCUACCGCCACUUGCACCAGCAACAACAGCAGCAGCAGCAGCAAGCGACGAGCAACGGCAACAGCAACAGCAACAGCAGCGGAAGUGGAAGUGGAACCACUGCCACGCCCAGCAAUGGGCAGCCGCCUGUGGAUGAUCAGACAUUGGCGAGCAGCAACACGUGCCACACAAGCAACAGCAAUUCGCUGAACAGCAGCAACAGCUCCAUGCACACCAGCAACAGCAACAGCAGCAGCAGCCACAUUGCCAGUGCCGCCUCCUCCUCGCUGACGAACCCCACCAGCAUCAGCAACGGCAGCAGCUCGACCGUGCCCGAUGACCUAAGCCUUGCCCCACCCGGCUAUGAGCCGGUGGUGGCACUGCUGCCCAGCCUGCCACCGAUGGCCAAGCACAGGGAGCUGCCCGUCGAUGUGCCCGACAGCUUCAUCGAGAUCGUGAAGACACCGCCGCGAUAUCCGCCGCCGGCGCAUCUCUCCUCGCGCGGAUCGCUGCUCUCCAAUGGCAGCGCAUCCACGGUCCAGACCACGCUCUCCUCGCUGCCACCUGCCACUGUUGCCACCGUUGCCACUGUGGGGGCUGCAGCUGGCACUGCCACUGCCACGGCAACGGCCACUGUUGCUGGUAGCAGUGGCAUAGGCAUAGCCGGCGAUGCGAAGCGGGUGUCCGAUGAGCUCAAUGGCAAUGCCAAGCCCGUGCCACCGCCCCGGGAUCAUCUACGGGUGGAGAAGGAUGGGCGGCUGGUCAACUGUUCGCCCGCCCCCCAACUACCGGAUCGCCGGGCAGCGGGCAAUGGCAACGGCAGCAGCGGCAGCCACAGUCAGCAGCACCAUCUGCAGCAGUUGCACCUCCAUCAGCAGCAGCUGCACCACCAACAGCAGCAGCAGCAAAUCGCCCAGAUUGUCGAGCCCACGCUGGAGCAGCUGGACAGCAUCAAGAAAUACCAGGAGCAACUGCGCCGGAGACGCGAGGAGGAGGAGCGCAUUGCGCAGCAGAACGAGUUCCUGCGGAACAGUCUGCGUGGCUCACGCAAGCUGAAGGCGCUCCAGGACUCGGCCACACCUGGCAAGGCCAUGGCCAUGGCCCAGCAGCAGCCAGCUCCGGCGGGACUCGCCGCCAUGCCCGCCGGUGUGGAGAAUGAGGCCUAUCUGCCGGAUGAUGAUCAGGCGCAGCCACAGCCACAGCCACAGCCCCAGCCAGAGCAUAUCGAUGGCUACGGCGAGCUGAUCGCGGCACUAACCCGCCUCCAGAGCCAGCUGAGCAAGAGCGGCCUCAGCACGCUGGCCGGGCGGGUGUCGGCCGCCCACAACGUCCUGGCCAGCGCCAGUGUGGCCCACGUGCUGGCCGCCCGCACCGCCGUCCUGCAGCGUCGACGACCCCGCGUCGGCGGCCCACUGCACCACAACGCCCUCGGCCUGCAGAAGGACAUCGUGGAGCUGCUCACGCAGUCGAACACCGCGGCGGCCAUUGAGCUGGGCAACCUGCUCACCAGCCACGAGAUGGAGGGCCUCCUGCUGGCCCACGAUCGCAUCGCCAAUCACACGGACGGCACGCCCUCGCCCACCCCGACGCCCACGCCUGGCGGUGGCCUGGGAUCGCUGAGCGGUGCCAGCAGUCCGGUGACGGGGCCAAAGAGAGCGAUGGGCGGCGUGGUGGUGCCGCCACCAGUGGUGCCGCCAACGUUGGCGCAGCGCGGAGCAAUGCCGCUGCCGCGUGGCGAGUCGCCGCCGCCUCCCCCGCUGCCCAUGCCGAUGCCCAUGGCCAUGCCGAUGAGCGCCUGCUUUGGGACACUCAACGACCAGAACGACAACAUCCGAAUAAUCCAGAUCGAGAAGUCGACAGAGCCGCUGGGCGCCACCGUGCGCAACGAGGGCGAAGCGGUGGUCAUUGGGCGGAUCGUGCGCGGCGGAGCCGCCGAGAAGUCCGGCCUGCUGCACGAGGGCGACGAGAUCCUGGAGGUGAACGGCCAGGAGCUGCGCGGCAAGACGGUGAACGAGGUGUGCGCCUUGCUCGGUGCGAUGCAGGGCACCCUGACGUUCCUCAUCGUGCCGGCGGGCAGUCCACCGUCGGGGGGCCUGGGAGGCCUUGGCCUGCCCGGCAGUAUGGCCGGCAGCGGAGGACUCGGCUCGGGGCUGGGAGCGCACCGGGACACGGCCGUGCUGCAUGUGCGGGCGCACUUCGAUUACGAUCCGGAGGACGAUCUGUACAUUCCGUGCCGGGAGCUGGGCAUCAGCUUCCAGAAGGGCGAUGUGCUGCACGUGAUCAGCCGCGAGGAUCCCAAUUGGUGGCAGGCGUACCGCGAGGGCGAGGAGGACCAGACGCUGGCCGGCCUCAUUCCUAGUCAGUCGUUCCAGCACCAGCGCGAGACGAUGAAGCUGGCCAUUGCCGAGGAGGCGGGCCUGGCCCGCUCCCGUGGCAAGGAUGGGGCCAGCAGCAAGGGUGCCACGCUGCUCUGUGCGCGCAAGGGUCGCAAAAAGAAGAAGAAGGCCAGCUCCGAGGCAGGCUAUCCCUUGUACGCCACGACGGCGCCGGAUGAGACCGAUCCCGAAGAGAUACUCACCUACGAGGAGGUGGCCCUCUACUAUCCGCGGGCCACCCACAAGCGGCCCAUCGUUCUCAUCGGACCGCCCAACAUCGGACGCCACGAGCUGCGCCAGCGCCUGAUGGCGGACUCGGAGCGCUUCUCCGCUGCAGUGCCACUGUUCUAUCUGCUCGAGGAGCGCCUCAAGGAGGCCAAGAAAAAGACCAAGGCCAAGGAUACAUCACGUGCCCGGAGGGAGGGCGAGGUGCCCGGCGUCGACUAUCACUUCAUCACGCGCCAGGCCUUCGAGGCGGACAUCCUGGCCCGACGCUUCGUCGAGCACGGAGAGUACGAGAAGGCCUACUACGGCACAUCCCUGGAGGCCAUACGAACGGUGGUGGCCAGCGGCAAGAUCUGCGUGCUGAAUCUGCAUCCGCAGAGCCUGAAGCUGCUGCGAGCCUCCGACCUCAAGCCCUAUGUGGUGCUGGUGGCGCCCCCCAGCCUCGACAAGCUGCGGCAAAAGAAGCUGCGCAAUGGGGAACCAUUCAAGGAGGAAGAGCUCAAAGACAUCAUUGCCACGGCCAGGGACAUGGAGGCACGUUGGGGCCAUCUCUUCGACAUGAUCAUCAUCAACAAUGACACGGAGCGUGCCUACCACCAGCUGCUGGCCGAGAUCAAUUCGCUGGAGCGCGAACCGCAGUGGGUGCCCGCCCAGUGGGUGCACAACAAUCGGGACGAGUCAUAAGGAUCCACUGUAAUCGGCGACCAGAGUACCACAGACCUCCAACAGCAGCCAAUCUCCCUCCCCCACCAUCCCCCAAACUGCAACUGCAACUCCGGCUCCUGCUCCUCCCUCAGUCUUUGUAAAUACAAAAAAAUUUCCAUCGAGGCCAUCCCAUAGCCAGAGCCAGAGCCAGAGCCCAGGGUCCCUAUAUCUCUGCAUUGUAUAUCCGCCCGACCUACCCAUGAAUAUUUAUAUUAAUUGUUUGCGAAUGUCCCCAUAUCCCCAAUGUCUUGGUUUUUUUUUUAUUUAUAGUUUUACUCUUUGAACUCGUUUGAAAGCACUUCAAUUCCCAUUUGAUUGUACUUCCAGUCCACCUACCGUGUACUUAUGUUACCGAAAUUGUUGUUCGAUUAACCAUUAUUGAUCCAUAUGCAUAUAUAUUUUUUUUUAACACUAACUUAUAUACAAUACAUAAUAUAUAAUACAUUUUAUACAUACAUAUACCGUAUGCAUGUAUUUAUGACCAUUUUUUGUUGUUGUUGCUUAAGCUAAGCGUCGAGCACUUCCUUAAGUUCUGAAGGGCAAAUCGAAAUUGUAAAUUAGCAAAUUACGACAGACUUACUAAGCCCGGAAGGGAGUGAAGCCCUGCCUAGAACAGGAUCCAAUAAAUUGUGUAAUAAUACUAAAUACCAUAAGCGACAACAAACAAAACAAAACCAAUCGAAUCCAAAUCCAAAAUGUUAACAGAGCCAGAACAAUCCGUAAAAUCCGUAAGGCAGUAGCUGUCCGGCGGGUGGCAAAAUAAGCAAAAAACAAAACGUGAUGAAGGGAGGGUUGGAGUGUGGAGUGUGGAGGGUGGAUGAGUGUGGAUGCGUGUGUAGAGAAUCAGAUGCAUAAUUGCAAUUACGUAAUCUAUUUACUUUAUACAGUUACAGAUAAAGAUAACGAUAACGAUAAAGAUACCGAUAUACAUACAUACUAUAAAUAACUUAUAGACGAAGAUCGAAGCGUACUUAAACCAUUUAACUCUUAACGAAAGUAGCAAAGUAAAAGCUUUGAAACGAGAGAAAGAGAGACAACAAAAUCAGUACGUCAUUGCCAAAAAAAAAGGGGGGAGUGAGAGAAAAAGGAGCGGAGAGGAGAGUAGCGGAUAAUGGAUUGAUGGAUGAUGGACGAUGAUAGAUCGAGUUGGGCGAAGAAUCACUUAGAGAAAAAAACACUCCACGAGCGAAAUUGUUUAGAACAAAUGCAAAAGCAAAAAAAAAGCAUAACAAAAACCGUAGCGAACUUGAAGCACUGUAAAAAUAAAAACCAAAACAUGUAAACGAAUGAAAAGCGAUUGGGGAUGUAAUCGAUUACGAUGACGGACUGGGGAGUACGGGGGGUAAGGGUAAAGCAGCAUUAGGAUGGAAAAUGCAUUAGGCUAAGCAACAAACGAAAAUACAAAAGUAAAUGUUGUUGUAAUUAAUUAUCGUAAACUACA